UUUGGGAUGUUAGCUAGAAGCUUCUACGUGUUUGGCACCUUAAUAGGUCCAUGGUUUGAAGACAGAAGUGGAUAAAGGCAACAGAGACUUCACGUCGACUCCUUUACAGACUUUCGGCGCGUCGGAAAACUGCAAACGCGUGGGAUCGCACGCACUUUGAGGCCUCCAGCAGAAGACCUUAGACUCUGGAUCAGGCUGCUCGUCCAAGAUGUACAAAGACUACAGAUCGACGUCACGCUCAGGACUCAACCCUCUGUCCUUUGAUCCAGCGGCCAACAAUGAGCCUCUACAGUUCAAUAACUCCACUGGACCACUGGUGAGCGAGUGCUCUCCUUUAGAGAAUGGAACGGAGAACACUAAGAAGAGGAAGAGGUCCUCUCUGCCCACAGCUGAAGUGAUCCACAACCUCCCCAUGGACUCCAGCUCGAUGGCGAUGCCCAUGUCAGACCCCAGCGCUUGGGCCACAGCCAUGAACAACCUGGGGAUGUCUCCUCUGGGACUGAGCACACAGACACUAGUGCCAGACUAUGAUCCAAAUAUGGGCAUGAUGACUGACUACACGUCUAUGAAUCCACUAAUGCCCGGUUUGGGUCUAGUACCAGAUGUACCUGUCGUCAAGGAGAUCAUCCACUGCAAGAGCUGCACCCUGUUCCCUCCCAACCCCAAUCUCCCCCCUCCGGCCACGAGGGACCGCCCCCCUGGGUGUAAGACGGUGUUUGUUGGUGGUUUACCAGAGAAUUCAACAGAGCAGACCAUUGAGGAGGUCUUUGGUCCAUGUGGAGAGAUCAUCGCCAUUCGCAAAAGCAAGAAAAACUUCUGCCACAUUCGCUUUGCUGAGGAGUACACUGUGGACAAGGCUCUCUACUUGUCUGGUUACCGCAUCCGCCUGGGUUCCAGCACAGACAAGAAGGACAGUGGGCGUCUCCACGUGGACUUUGCCCAGGCCAGAGACGACUUGUACGAGUGGGAAUGUCACCAGCGCAUGUUAGCCCGAGAGGAGAGGCACAGACGCAAGAUGGAGGAGGAUCGACUAAGACCGCCUUCUCCUCCUCCCAUCGUCCACUACUCCGACCACGAGUGCAGCCUGCUGGGGGACAAGAUCAAAGAUGAUGUGAAGUUUGCCGAGGCUGUCCGGGUGCUCCUGACUUGGCUGGAGCGAGGUGAAGUUAAUCGCAGAAACGCCAACAACUUCUACUCCAUGAUCCAAUCCUCCAACAGCCACAUCCGCAGACUGAUGAGUGAGAAAUCUCAGCACGAGAAGGAGAUGGAGGAGGCCAAGGAAAAGUUCAAGAGCGCACUGGCCGGGAUACUGGGCCAAUUUGAACAGAUUGUGUCUGUAUUCCAAGCUGCUUCCAAACAAAAGGCAUGGGACCAUUUCACCAAAGCUCAGCGCAAGAACCUGGACGUUUGGCGCAAGCAAGCACAGGAGAUCAGAAACAUGCACAAUGAGCAGCUGAUGGGCAUCAGGCGAGAGGAGGAGAUGGAGAUGUCUGAUGAUGACAUGGAAAAUCCCUCCAUCAACAAACAUUCAGAGGACUCAGUUGUAUCCCAAGCCGAAGCCUUGAAGGAGGAGAAUGACUCUUUGCGCUGUCAGCUGGACGCCUACAGGAACGAGGUGGAGCUCCUCAAACAAGAACAGAACAAGAACCAGCCCCACAGAAGUGAAGAAGAGAAUACGCACUCACAGCAACUCAGCUUCCUCCAGCAAGCUCUGCAGGGCAUGCAGACGCAACUCAUAAAAAUGCAAGAAGAGUUGAAACAGAGGGAGUCAGAUCUGGAGAAGAGUUUGGAUGACAAACAGCAGUUGAAGAAAGAAGUACAGACUCUGAAGGAAGGUCUGCAAAAUCUGCAGAGUCUACAACACACAGAGGCAAUCCAGCUGGAGACGUCGCAGGAAGACGACAGAGGCACAGAGGAGGGCGCUGAUCAAACCACUGAAGUGUCUGUAGCAUCCACAGUGGGGUCGUGCAGUCAGGAGAAAGAUGCUCCAACAGAGAGGAGUCCACAGAGCCCUGUCCAGUCAGAGAGAGAGGCUCUGCUAGUCGGAAUCAUCUCCACAUUUCUACACGUUCACCCAUUCGGAGCCAGCCUCGAGUACAUCUGCUCCUACCUGCAGCGUCUGGACUCCAAGAUUACUACUAGUGAAGUGGAAGCGCUCCUCUCUCGGCUGCCCUGCACUUUCAGACAAGAGCUGACAGGAGUAGGAGCCAGUUUAGAGAAACGCUGGAACUUUUGUGGAUUUCAGGGCAUCAAGAGCAUAUAGACUUACCUGCUCCUAACGCGCCUGGGAUAUUCAGAUGACACACUGGACAUUAUACAAGUGUGGAAGACUAUAUACCAAACAUGAACCCUAAAAACGUCAGAUAAAGGGGUAUAGAGACUGAAAACAUGCUGCAUAUUCAUUGUUGAAGUGAUUUCUAGUAGUUCACUUUGAAGAUCUUUGUAUUUUUACACUCAAGCCCCAGUAUCCAUAGUGACGGGAUCACAAUGUAGUUGCAAGUGCCCAAAGUGAAAAGGAUGUUUUUUUUUCUCUUUGAUGCCAGUAUCGGGCAGAACUUCAGGGCCUUUAUGGGGUUAUCAGGAUCUUUCUGAACUUUUGAAACCUCUGAACUCAGUAUCUUCCUUCUUUUAAUGUUUUAAGUGUUUCCUGUUUGCUAAAAAUAUAUAGCAAAUGGAUCCACUUCCAUUUCUGUAAAGACUUUGUUACAUUAUUAAUCGCUUGAUAUAUUUGCUUAUAAAAAUGUAUUUUAAGUUUGUA